CAGGUGAGCCCGGGGCAGACAUGACUGGAGCUGGAAGUGGAGGCCAGGGCCCGCCUGAUGGGGGGGACGCUGAGGAGGCCGAGAGGUGUCCUAUCUGCCUCUGCGUCCUGGCUGGAGGCGAGCUCGCCGUGCCCGACAGCUGCUGCCACGUCUUCUGCCUCAGAUGUCUCCUCACGUGGGCAGAGUUGCAGAUGUCUCCUUCCUGCCCGGUGGACAGAAGACCAUUCACUAAUGUUUACAGAUGGGACGGGAAUCUCAGCUGUGUGCAGGUUCCUGUGAGGAAAAGUACAACUCUACCCGAAGCUGAGCGUUGCUACUGUAGAAACCCGGAACAGAAAGUCUGUCUCAAAAGUAAGGCUGCAAGAAGACUGAGACGGCAAAAUAUGGAGAGGACGGCUGACGCUAAAACGAAAGGACUUGUGAGGAAAUGUAACGACGACGGCCACUCCUCACUGAGCAGAAAAAAGGUGAGAGGAACAGAGUGCUGCGCCUGGUCACCGUCUCCCCGUGUCUCAUUAACAACAACCUCAACGGAGCACAUGGCAGAGCCUGUGUGGGAAGACGUCCCGUAUGACAGCAUGUUGAAACAGUGCAAAGCUCAGGUGCAGGACUCUCCGUGGCUCUCUGCUGCGUCUCCCAUCCCUGUUAACGGCAACUCCAGGCAGAACUUCCAUCCAUCUGGGUGGAGCCAGAGCCCGUUCCCAUCUCCAUCUCCCUUCUCCUCCCCUUUGCUGUGCGGCCCCGGUCAUUUUGUGUUUCAGGGUGUAGUCUGCGCCAUCACGUGUUCCAAAGGAGGCGAGAAGCGAGGCGGUCGAGCUUCAACCUCCAAAGCUCCCACCAAAGAGGCCAAGUCUCUCCCAUCCCGGCGAUCCGGACGCAACAGUAAAAGCCAGGAAGAGGCUCCCGUGUCCGACCCUUCAUCGCCGCUGCAGCCCUCUUCUUCGGACUCUGACUCGGCCCCCUCACAGCCCACCAAGCCAGGCAGGGCUGCACAGGCUCCGGCGAAGAGGAAGGGCAAACAGGUCACCAACCGAAAGGCCGGCGGGAAAAGGAAAGCCGUGGCGAGGAAAAAGAAAUCUGCACAAGUCGUGAGCAGUCCCACAGCAAGUGAGGAGGAGGAAGAGGAGGAGGGUGAUGGAAGAGACAACCAAGAGAAGGAGGAGGAAGAAGAGAAAACCGAUCAGGAACAGGAGUUGAAAAGCUUGGACCCGCAGCAGUCUGACGCUGAGGGGAGUCUGAAUGAAGACCAGGACACUAUCCACUCCGCUAAUGAGCGAGGAGGCGCCAACCCGUCCGGGAACGACGUGGGGCCAGACAGUGACGACACUCAGGAACCAUCUAAUGAACUGAAAGCAGACUCGGCUCCAUACAGCCCCGCUUCCUGCUCCGAGGGCGAGCAGAGCAAGAGGGAGGAGGAAGAGCCAGCGAGCCCUGCGUCCUCUGGAGGAGACGCCUGUGACAAAAGUCCUCCAGCGUCUCCCUCUGACUCGGGGAAAAGGACUUCCCCGUCACCCUCUGACAGCGCUCUGCUGGGCGACCUGAUGUCCCCGCACUGUGAAGAGCAGGAGGACGACAUGGAGAUUUGUGCGGAGUCAGAAGAAGCCAACAAUGAAGAUUCUUCAAAGGAGGCGGAAUCCUGUGAAAAUUCCCCACAACCGGCAACCGAACUGCAGAAUAAUCCAGCUGUUCCGGAAUCAAAAGACAAUGAUUCCAAAGCAUCGGGGUCAGAGGAGCCUUCAGUAGACGAUGGCUCAGUGAAGGGAGCCGAGGACGACACUGAGGUCGUGCCCAUGGACUGCAGCUCACCCACGAUGGACCAUAGCAACAGCCCAAAGGAGGGUGCCGCCUCAGCUGCUGCAGAGCCUCCUGCUUCUGCAAGCCAGGUCGCCAAGGACCAGAGUGGCAAGGACCAACAGGAGAGGGAGAGGAGCCAGGAGAAGAAGAACGGCAAGCAGCGGCGCUCUCGCUUCCACUCACCCACGGAUACCUGGUCCCCAAAGAGGGAAUCAAAACGAGAAGGGUCCAGGCGAUCGCGCUCGCGGUCCAAAGAGCGAGACGGCAGCCCGCCCUCAAGCCGCUCGUCUCGGGCCCGCAGCAGAGACAGGGACAGAGACCGGGAUGGUGAGAGAGACCAUUCCCGGAGAGAGCGCAGCCGUGAGAGGAGGAGGAGGCGGUCCAGGAGUCGCUCCAGGUCCAGCUCUCGGUCUCGAUCACGAUCCUAUAGACGAGGGGCCAGCCCAGAGCGACCGAACUCCAGAGAGCAGUCUCCCUCGAGGAAGGACCGUAGGGGCGGCUGGAGAUCCGGGCAGGGCAACGGGUCUGGUGGCGAGGGACGGAGGCAUCAGAGCGGCGCUGGGAACACUGAAAAUGGCGUGCCGGCAGAAAGUUCCCCUGAGCGCCAGGCCUGGUCGGAAAAUCCCGACUGGGUGACGGAAAAGAGUCGCAGUGACGCUGAGAGCAAGGGCGGGGGCUCACGCUGGGAGGAUCGCAACAGUGGCGGGAACAGAGGAGACUCGCGAGGCCGCGGAGGGUCCCGGGGCGCAGGCCGGGGGGGAGGCAACCGCAGCUUCUACAGCUUCUCAGGGACAGGCAACAACUCAGGGACUGACGCAUACAGCCGCUUCAACGAAAACCGGGGCGGCGGCCGGAGGAACGAGUCUGAUUCGGGAGACUCGAUGCUCGACCGCUCGGGCUGGUCGUCGGCAUCCAGCUGGGCAGUCAGAAGGAAACUACCCGCAGACGUUCAGGAUUACUACUCCAAGAGGGAGAGAGGAGGACCAGGAGGCUGGAACCGACAGGAGGAGGAGCAGCCGGCAGCGGCAGCAGAUCCCCUUAAAAGCGAGGCUGGCCCCCAGGCGGUCCCGGGUAACGCCCCGGUGCCCGUGAUGAACGUGGUUCCUCCUCAGCUCAACGUCCUGCACCAUCACUUCCCCCUUCAGGGCCAGAGGGGCCUGCCCGUCAGCCUGCAGCCUGCAGCAGGGUACGCCAUGCCUCCUCAGGUCCCCGUGCACCUCCACACUGCAGUACCGCUGCUUCAGGUCCCCUCUGCCGGCACUCAGGGCCUCCCCCCUCCUCCCCCACCCCCUCCACCCAUGCAUCAAGGCAGCCAGGGUGCAGCAGCUCAGCCUGAUGGUUACACCACACAGAUGGCGAGUACAAUGGUAGGUUAUGGGAAACCUGGCCUACUUCCCACCCCAGCCAAAGCUGGUGUUACCUUAGGGACCUACUGCCAGUCGGCGCCCAGCCAGGUGUAUCCCUCCUCCACCACUCAGCACAGCAAGGCUCAUGCUGACAGCUCCAAAAAAGAGAAGAAACAACAGAUCCAGGAGAGAGCGGUCAACGCAGUGAAGAACGCCAUCAAACCCUAUUACCAAAAGAAUGAAAUCAACAAGGACGAGUACAAGGAGAUCGUUCGCAAAGCGGUAGAGAAGGUGUGCCACAGCAAGAGUGGUGAGGUGAACUCCAGUAAGGUGGCCAACCUGGUGAAGGCCUACGUGGACAAAUACAAGCACGCCCGCAAGAAAUGAGAGUGGGCCCGCUACGGCGUGCAGACGUCCUCACAGACACUCAGCUGCUCAAGUGCAAUUUCCUCUGGCUGGAAUUGGGUCUCUAAACUGAAAGACAACGGAGAGCCAACAUUUUCUUUUUUUGAUAUCUCUACCUUUUAUUGAACGAUGAAGAUUUUUUUCUAUAGAUUUUCAUAUUUUGUUAGAAAAAGAAUUACCCAAUCAGAAAAUUGUACUGCAAGAGCCCUUUAUUUUGCAUAGAUCAUGUGACUGGGGAACUACUGUAAAGAGCGCAGGGUAUCAUGGGAGGGGGGGCUCUCCCUGAGUGCCGGCUGGUACGAUGAGUUCCUCCUGAAUGGCAUCCUGAUCGCAUAGCUUAAUUAAUUGAAUAUUGUCAAUGUUCUUUUUUAAAAUAUGAUAUAAUAUUUCAGAUGACAGCCUAGUUUAAGGAACAGUGCACUGCCUUCCUGACUCUGUGGCCCUGUUUUGGGCCGGAAUCUGAUUCCUGUGAUUGUAAUCAGGGCCCUGAUUGGCUGGUGAGACGUUAAGUGGGACGACUAAUCAGCAGUGAGUUUGUAAUGUAAGGCACAGAUCCCGGAACGGGGGACAGAUCAAAUGAAAUGAACCCUUCCCCCCCGCCUGAAUAUGUGUGAAAUGUCAAUGGGUGAACAUGAACUGUGCAACGUAUCCAGAAAGUAGUGAAAUAAAUUAGCUGCUUCCUGA